AUGCAUAUGAUUUGGAUCGUAGCUAUAAGAUCGAUCCUAGUUUCUUUUUCAAAAUCGCCACUGUACGAUUUGGAUCAUAGCUAUAGCAUCGAUCCUAAUUUCUUUUCCGAAGUCACUAGUGGCGAAAAACAUGGCUAUGAUGUCUCCAGCUACAUUUACUCCAAAUGCCUCACUCAUUCAAUUUGGCCUAGUAAUUUGAGUCACCAAGCAAAUUGGAUUGGCUAUGUUGUAGUAUCAAAUGAUGAGUACUCAGCACACUUAGGAUGCCGUGACAUAACAAUUGCUUGGCGUAAAACAACAAAGGAUGUUGAGGAGAUAGCGGAUAUAAUGGACUUACAAAGACCAGCUAGAGAUUACAACAUGUCUAGUCGCGAUCCAACAAUCAAAAUCGAAGCUGGAUUGUUGAACAUCUACACGAGGAAACACGAUCAAUGCAACGUGUGCAAGUUGUCAGCAAGGGAACAAGUUCUUGACGAAGUUAAGAGACUGAUAGAUCGAUAUUCGAAUGAGGUAUUAAGCAUAACAAUAGCAGGACAUAGCUUGGGAGGUGGCUUAGCUAUGUUUAGUACUUAUGACAUUGCAGAAAUUGGAUUAGAUUUACCCGGACGUGUUAUUCCCCUUUGUGUAUUUUCAUUCUCAGGGCCAAGAGUUGGGAAUAUUAGAUUCAAACAAUGGCUUGAAAGAUUAGGAGUGAAAGUUUUGAGAGUAGUAAACAAACAUGAUUUCGAGGUUCAAACAAGACUGAUUCAAAAACUUGGAGAUUAUUUUUGGAGUUAUUGGCAUGUUGGUGAAGAGAUAAUUUUGGAUCAUAAGAUAUCCCCUUCCUUAAAGGAAAUGCAUAAUCUCACAUACAUCACUGAUUUGGAGGUUCACUUGGAUUUACUCAAAUGGUUAGUACAAUUUCCUUUUUAA